GACAAUGAAAUAAUGAACUCGUAAAAAUUGUAAAUCAGUUUAAAAUUCGCAAAAUCUUUGUGUCUGUGCAAAGAAGGAGUUACUCUAAUAAUUACAGAUACUUAUCGAAUUUAACAUCCAUUUAUUUAUUUCUCGCCGUAUUAAUAUUGUAAUGGUUUUUGCAGUCACAAUCUAAACAAAUGGGUAGUGAAUUACAUCUUGAAAAUACAGAAUCCAGUAUUAUAGGCAGAGCAUGGGUUGGAAAUAUUAUUUCCAGUAUAUGGAAUUGGAUCGGGGGAUGGUUCAGCUGGACUCGACAAUCGGAUACAAUGUUAAGAAAUAUAGAAAAAACCAUAUUAUCAUGUGUUAAAACAGCGUACAAACGUUUCUACGUCGACAUCGGGUCGGUUGUGGGACAGUGUGACAAAAUAUGGACGAUUUCAAUGAACGACGAGUCUCCACAGACCCCACUCGUCAUGUUGCAUGGCAUGGGCGCAGGGGUCGCCCUCUGGUGCCCUAAUUUAGACGCCCUAGCCGCUACCAGACCUGUGUACGCUAUCGAUUUGUUGGGUUUUGGCAGAAGUUCCCGCCCAAAGUUCGCAUCGGACGCUGAGAAGGUAGAGGCCCAAUGGGUGGAGUCGGUGGAAGAGUGGAGGCGUGAAGUGAAACUGAAGGAGUUUGUCUUGUUGGGCCAUAGUCUUGGCGGAUACAUAGCAACUGCAUACGCUCUGAAGUACCCAGACAGAGUCCGCCACCUGAUCCUGGCGGAUCCAUGGGGCUUUCCCGAAAAACCGUCCAACGGCAACGAAAAAGUUCAAAUCCCGUUCUGGGUGAAAGCUUUGGCCACAGCCCUGCAACCGCUUAACCCGCUCUGGGCGGUGCGGGCCGCUGGCCCGGCCGGCAAGUGGCUGGUCUCCAAGACCCGCCCGGAUAUAUCCAGGAAAUACACGAAUUACGUCCCGGACGCGCUGACGGUUAUCCCGGAGUAUAUAUAUCAGUGCAACUCGCAGGCACCCUCAGGUGAGAGCGCUUUCCACACACUCAUGCAGGGCUUCGGCUGGGCCAAGAACCCCAUGGUCCACAGAGUGGAGAAGCUCGACACGAACCUGCCGAUCACUGUGCUGUACGGCUCUCGCUCGUGGGUCGACAAUAGUACGGGCCAAUUGCUCUCCGAGAGCCGCCCCAAUUCGAAGACUUACGUGCAAGUAAUCAACGGUGCCGGCCACCAUAUAUACCUCGACAAACCGGAUCUAUUCAAUAAGUACGUGAACGAAGCAUGCACUAGAGCUGAUACAGACGUAAGACUCCCAGCACAAACCUCGGAAAUUAAAACUACACCCAACCAACCCGUCACAGAAGAAAAUAACGAAAUAAACAUUCAACCUAGGAACAAUGAAAAUACUACUCAAGCGCAAACUUCCUGAUAACAAACAGGUUUCUAGUUAAGUGAAUAACACAAUUAUUAAAUUGUUAUUUGUACGAAAAAUUGCCUUAUAGCUUAUUGAUGCGUUCGGAUGGUCGCCAUCCUAAUGUUUUGGAGUUGGUGUGUUACUAAUAAUUGAUUAUAUUUAAUUUUAAGACACAAAUUGUUAAUGCGCGCACAUGAACGUUCAUCGAUAUAAAUUGCGUAUGGGAAAUUAAUUUAAAUUUAGAACGUGUUUUGUAUUGCCAUGUUUUUUUAGAUUAAUUGAAUUGACAUAGACUAUAGAAUAUAAAAUGAUAUUAGUCGCACCUCUUCCUUAAAAAAGAUUUGAGCUUCAAUAAAGUAAGAAUAUUACGCUUACAUGAGAUUUUGUGCAAUUUUAAACAAAUUUAUAACUAAGAUAAAAAAAGAAGUUAAACGUACUGGGGACUGUUUAUUCCAUAUUUUUUAUUUUUACCUCAUCACAAUUUAUAAUAUGAAAACAGCACAUCAAAUAUUCCUAGACAAUUUAAUAAGAGUAACAUAGCCUAGACUCUGGAAUCAUAAACUUAUUCCAGAGAAACAUGCAAACAUAUUUAAAUGAAUUUUAGUUUUAACACGUAGUUAGUUAUUUAAUUAAAAAUAGUUUAUUAAAUCAUGGUUUAUGUUACACUUUAAUAACAGGUAUUCAAGUUAAGUUUUAUAGUAAAUUGUUAAACCAAUUUUUAUGUUUGUUAAAAGACUUGAGAUUUCCACUGAUUUUAUGUACAGAUAUUUAAAUUUGAAUAAAUAUAAUUUAUUGUA